GCGGCGGCAAGCUUAGAGCCAAGAGCCAACCCAGCCCAAGCUAGAGAAAGAGGCAAACGAAGCCAGCAUAGUGACAAGAAAAAAAAAGAAAUGCCACCUUCAACAACAGCAUCGCAAUAUGCUCCCCCUGAUGGAGGAUGGGGUUGGAUCGUGGUCUUUGGAGCUUUCAUCUCCAUUGGAUUUUCCUAUGCAUUCCCCAAAGCCAUCACAGUGUUCUUCAAAGAGAUACAAGAAAUCUUUGGCACAUCAUAUAGCGAGAUAGCGUGGAUCUCAUCAAUCAUGUUGGCUGUUAUGUAUGCAGGAGGCCCUAUAAGCAGUAUUUUGGUGAACAAAUAUGGCAGUAGGCCAAUCAUGAUUGCUGGGGGGAUACUGGCUUCAUUUGGAAUGAUUGCCUCUUCGUUCUGCAACAGCGUCUUGCAACUUUACCUAUGUGUCGGUGUAAUUGGAGGUUUGGGUUUGGCUUUCAACUUGCAACCUGCCUUGACGAUGAUUGGCAAAUAUUUUUAUAAAAAGCGUCCCAUUGCUAAUGGACUAGCCAUGGCGGGAAGUCCUGUCUUUCUAAGUACUCUGGCACCCUUGAAUCAGUUUCUUUUUAAUGCUUUUGGUUGGAAAGGAAGUUUCCUCAUUCUUGGAGGACUUCUUUUAAAUUGCUGUGUGGCUGGGUCACUUAUGAGACCUGUUGGACCAAAACCUGUUCAGCCCAUCAAAAAAGAUGUGGAAAAAGCAACUGAAGAUUCCACUUUGCACAAGAAUGACAAGAAAUCGGUCUGGCAAACCAUCAACAAAUACUUAGAUUUAACCCUCUUCAAACACAGGGGAUUUUUGAUUUAUUUGUCUGGAAAUGUUAUCAUGUUUCUUGGCUUCUUUGCCCCAAUUGUGUUCUUAGCUCCUUAUGCCAAGCACAAAGGAAUUGAUGAAUAUUCGGCAGCUUUUUUACUCUCUAUCCUAGCUUUUGUAGAUAUGUUUGCCAGGCCAUCAAUGGGUUUAAUUGCAAACUCCAAAUACAUCCGGCCCAAAAUCCAGUACUUCUUUAGUUUUGCUGUUUUGUACAAUGGAGUCUGCCACAUCCUGUGCCCAUUGGCUGAAACCUAUACAGGACUGGUUGUGUAUGCUGUACUUUUUGGACUUGCAUUUGGAAUGGUUAGCAGUGUCCUUUUUGAGACAUUGAUGGAUCUUGUUGGUGCGCCAAGAUUCUCCAGUGCAGUAGGACUCGUCACAAUUGUGGAGUGCUGUCCUGUCCUUUUAGGCCCACCUAUGGGAGGUUUGCUUGUGGACAUAACCAAAGACUACAAAUAUAUGUAUUUUGUCUGUGGUAUAAUUGUUGUUGUUUCAAGCAUUUGGCUGUUCAUUGGAAAUGCAAUCAAUUAUAGACUUUUGGCAAAAGAGAAGAAAUUAGAAGAUGAAAGGCAGAACGUCUUAAAGAAUGCUGAUUCCAAGGAAGUGGAGCCUUUGACCCACAAAGAAAGUGAAGAAGUUCUCAACAGAUCCAGCAAAAUGCAAGACAGUCCUUCAGAAAGAGAAACAAAUAUUUAACAUAAAUAUACAUAUUUAUAAUGUUCGAAGUACAUGCCAGAUGUUUUAUAGUAGUUAUAAUCAAUUACAAUAUCAAAUGGCAAUAGGCAUUUACAAAACCACAUGUAUUAUAAAAUUAAAUUAAAUCACUGUUCUGUCCCUUCUAAAGAGAGAGAAGGAUACAGAAAGAGUCUUCCCAGAACUGCAUUAAAACAUUUUCCUCUUUAAUCACGCUGCCCUGGUAACAACUGACUUCUAUUAAAAUGUCAAGCUAUUCACAGCUAGACUAAACUUUUCUGUAUCUGGCCUUCAAACAAUCUGUACCUGUCCAGGUGUACACAAUAAUUGCAACAAGGGAACAAUCUAUAGUGUGGUAUGAGAAGGGAGAUUUAUGUUGGAGUCUUUCAAAGAUCCAUUGUUUAUUCUGCUCUACAUUUGUUGGAGCAGAAUUUAGCAUGAUGUUUUAUUUUGAUGUCAUGUAUUCUAGGGCUCCUGUAGAAUUUGAUAUAAAUUGCUUAAACAUAAAUCCCAAACAGGGUAGUGCCGUGACAGUAGGAUCUUCCUGUUACAAAUAUUCUUGCUUCAACAAUGCCUCACCCAAAAAGUGCUACUAUAGGGAAUUACUGUACUGAAGAAAUACCCAUGUCUACUGAUCUUUUCACAAGAUAAUUUUUGUGUGAGAGGAGUUGUUUGAUUUGUUGCUUUUUUAUUGUUCACUAGAAGGAAACAAUUUAAAGUGAUGAGUUCAAAUGUGAAAGUAAAAAAUGGAAUAACUCUUAAUAGCUACUUGAGUAAAAAGUGCACAAAAAUGUAUCACCACUGUUUUUAUAAUGCAUUUUUAGUAGAUCCAACUGGGUCUAUUAUCUCUGAUCAAACUUUUGCUAUGUGGCUUUUAACGACAUAUGAAAAUGGUAAGUGUUAUUGCUAAAUGCAAUAAUGUUUUCAUUUUAGCUGAUAAAUAGUUUUUUUUCUCCACUGUAAAAACAUUAGUCAUUUAAAUAUAUACAACCAGAUAUUAAGAUCUGGAAAUAAUACUUAUGAUGGAUUGUCUCAUCAUUAUAUAUUGUAGCUAGAUAUGCUGGCACAAAUGUUAGCAUCAGGGUAUAACUUUUGAACAACGUAUUGCCUUGUGAUCAUCACUUCACUCUGUUUGUAUUCACACUUAUUGAAACAAACUCCCUUAUCUUAUUAAAUACUCUGCCCUUGGUGAUC